GCUCUUCGCUGUGCCAUUUCAAGAUCAUCAUCAAUCAUCACCUUCCAUCCCUGCAAAGAAACUGCUCCUCCUACUACCCAGUCUUCUUCAACAACGUCUCUUUUCCUCUCCCCCAAUUUAAAUUAAUGAUCAAAUAAUUGAGAAUAGCCAAAAUAAAUUCGAUUCCUUCCUUCAAUCUAAUGCUGAUUAUUUCCUGAAAUUCUAACGCGAGAUUGAUUGCGGGUAUUUUCACUUCCAAAACUCAGAUGAAAAACCCUAUUCUUGGCAGGGAUUGAAGAUUUUCCGAUAAUUGGCGGUGAAGGUUGAAGAAUUUUCUCUCGAAUUCGAUCGUAUUUACUCGAGAGGGGGACUCUUGCGUUAAUGGCUCAAAUUCCUAAUUUAGAUAAUGCUCCCAUUAAUCUAGCUUCUAUCAGAGAGCAAUCGCAGAAAGAGCUGUUAAUGAUCCUUAAAAAUAUUCGUGGAAAAAAGUGUCUCGUUAUUGAUCCGAAGAUCAGUGGUUCUCUCUCACUUAUUCUACAGACUGCACUUCUUAAGGAACAUGGGGUAGAAUUGCGACAUUUGUCAGCUGAACCACUACAAACUGAAUGUACAAAAGUAGUGUACCUUGUGUCUGAUCAACUUGCAACGAUGAGACAUAUAUCCUUGCAUAUUCAUGACAACACAUCGAAGGGAUUACAAAAGGAGUAUUAUCUUUACUUUGUUCCUCGACGUUCUGUGGCAUGCGAGCAGAUACUGAAAGAGGAAAAGGUACAUGAUUUAUUAGCGAUUGGAGAAUAUCCAUUAUACAUGGUUCCACUUGAUGAGGAUGUGAUAUCUUUUGAGCUUAACUUUGCAUACAAGGAGUGCCUAGUUGAUGCUGAUACAAGCUCUCUUUGGCAUAUUGCAAAAGCCAUUCAUAGGCUUGAGCUUUCGUUCGGUUUGAUACCAAAUGUGAGGGCAAAAGGCAAGGCUUCGCUUGAUGUUGCAGAGAUUUUGGACAGGAUGCAGACAGAAGAGCCAGUCAACAUAGAUAACGUGUUACCGGAUAUAAGUACACUAAUCUUGCUAGACAGAGAGGUGGACAUGGUAACUCCUAUGUGUACUCAGUUAACUUAUGAAGGCCUGUUGGAUGAGUUGCUACAUGUGAAUAAUGGGGCUGUAGAGCUGGAUGCAUCUAUUAUGGGUGCCCAGCAAGAGGGCAAAAAGGUCAAAGUACCGCUAAAUUCAAGUGACAAGCUUUUAAAGGAGACUCGGGACCUUAAUUUUGAAGUCGUUGUCCAGGUCUUACGCCAAAAGGCAACAUCCAUGAAGCAAGACUAUACUGACAUAACAACAAAUAAUCAAACAGUAUCUGAACUGAAGGACUUUGUCAAAAAGCUUAACUCGUUGCCAGAGAUGACUAGGCACAUAAAUCUUGCUCAGCAUUUGUCCACAUUGACAUCUAAGCCAUCAUUCCUUGGGCGUCUUGACAUGGAACAUACUAUUGUGGAAUCUGAGAGCUAUGACAUAUCUUUUGAGUAUAUUGAAGAAAUGAUUCACAAGCAGGAACCUCUUGCCAGUGUUCUUCGGCUUCUCAUCUUGUUUUCGGUUACAAAUUCUGGAUUACCCAAAAGAAAUUAUGACUAUUUGAGGAGAGAGAUACUUCACAGCUAUGGGUUUGAGCACAUGGCCACACUGAAUAAUCUGGAAAAGGCGGGGUUUUUCAGAAAACAGGAAAUGAGAAGCAACUGGUUGACCGUCAAACGAGCUCUGCGUCUUGUGGUUGAAGAUACUGAUACAGCCAACCCCAACGAUAUCUCUUAUGUCUUCUCUGGAUAUGCACCACUUAGUGUACGUCUGAUACAUCAAGCCAUUAGAUCUGGAUGGCGUCCCAUUGAAGAAAUAUUAAAGCUACUACCUGGACCACACUUUGAAACAAAAAGAGGGGGACUAUCAAGGGCCUCGUCAUUGGAGUCACUGUCAGGAGGAUCAGCUAGUGUUGACAAAGCGGCUUCUGGUAGACGCUCUGUAGUACUGGUUGUCUUCAUAGGUGGGGUGACAUUUGCUGAGAUAUCCGCUCUUCGCUUUCUCAGUUCUCAGGAACUCAUGGAAUAUGACAUAAUCAUAGCUACAACAAAGAUAGUCAAUGGCCAGACACUACUAGAUCCAUUUGUGGAAAAGCUGUCAUGAGAUGUCCUCUGGCUAUGAUUCAGCUACUAGUUUGUUUUUCCUGUUCCAAAUUUUUUGUGGAGUACUCCUUCGAUUCUGUAAAUGAUAAACAUAUUUUAUCGAACUGAGUUUUGGUUCAUCAAAUAUUAAUUGCCAGUAUAUGAGCCAUGUUUAUCAGCAACAAGUUGGAUCAUCACCAUGAUUUAUAGAAGAAUACUCCAGCUUUUGGCAGA